GGCUUCGGGGGCCGGGGCAGAAAACCCUAACUGUGCGCUCGCACUAACGUCCUGCUCUCUUUCUUUGUGCGCCUGCGGGCUGCAGUCGGGCAGUGUGGGAACCAGGUGGGCUGCUGCUUCUGGGACCUGGCCCUGAGGGAACACGCGGCUGUCAACAGGAAAGGAAUUUAUGAUGAUUCACUGAAGAACUUCUUUAGAAAUGUGGAUACUAGAGGAGCUGGUGAUGGUAUAGACAUUUCCAAAGGAAAAAUUUGCUCAUUAAAAGCACGAAGAAAGUAUUAUAUAGUGGAAAGAGUGCUGGACUUAAUCAAGAGACAGAUAUUUUACCUCAGACUUAGAGGCUAACUUGGUGAUUAUGAGCAAGUCAACUUCUUUGAGACUCCAAUUUUAUUAUCUGUAAAAUGUGGAUAAUACUUGUACUAACUACCUUCACAAAAUUGUAAGAAAAAUAAACCUUUAAAGCACUAUAAAAAUGCAGUCUUGAUUGACAUGGAAGAAGGAGUAGUAAAUGAAAUCCUUCAGGGACCAUUGAAAGAUAUAUUUGAUAGCAAGCAACUCAUCACAAGUGUUUCUGGCUCAGGGAAUAAUUGGGCAGUAGGGUACAAAUUUUUUGGUUCUCUAUACCGGGAUCAAAUUGUAGAGAGACUCAGACAGACAGCAGAGCACUGUGACUGUUUGCAGUGUUUCUUUAUAAUUCAUUCCAUGGGAGGAGGAACAGGUUCUGGUCUUGGCACAUUUAUUUUAAAUGUGCUUGAGGAUGAAUUCCCAGAAGUAUACAGAUUUGUGACUUCAGUUUUUCCAUCUGGUGAGGAUGAUGUCAUUACUUCACCAUAUAAUAGUGUUUUGGCAAUGAAAGAACUUAAUGAGCAUGCAGACUGUGUGUUGCCCAUCGAAAAUGAAUCUUUAUUUGACAUCGUUAGCAAAAUUAAUCAAAUGGUAACAUCUGGAAAGCCUGGACAAACUGUGAAGCCAGAGAGUCUGGUGACAUCAAAUGAAGGUGGUAUUAAAAAAAAGCCUCAAAAAAAACCAUUUGAUACAAUGAACAAUAUUGUAGGAAAUUUGCUACUCAACUUAACAAGUUCUGCAAGAUUUGAAGGUUCCCUUAAUAUGGAUCUUAAUGAAAUUACUAUGAAUUUAGUUCCCUUUCCUCAACUUCAUUAUCUUGUUUCAAGCCUCACACCUUUGUAUACGUUGGCAGAUGUAAACAUUCCUCCUCGAAGGUUAGAUCAAAUGUUUUCAGAUGCUUUUAGCAAAAAUCACCAGCUCAUUCAGGCUGAUCCAAAGCAUAGUCUCUACCUUGCUUGUGCCUUGUUGGUUCGAGGAAAUGUACAGAUUUCUGAUCUUCGAAGAAAUAUUGAAAGAUUGAAAUCUUCUCUCCACUUUGUCUCGUGGAAUCAAGAAGGCUGGAAAACAAGCUUAUGUUCAGUACCACCUGUUGGCCAUUCUCAUUCUCUCUUGGCACUAGCAAACAACACCUGUGUAAAACCAACCUUCAUGGAACUUAAAAGAAGAUUCACAAAACUGUACAAGAAAAGGGCUCAUCUUCAUCACUAUCUACAAGUGGAUGGAAUGGAAGAAAGUUGUUUUACAGAAGCUGUAUCAUCUUUGUCAUCUCUUAUAGAGAGAUAUGAUGAAUUAGAUGCUACGAAAGACUUGCCUAUAGAAGAUCAACGUAGACUAAAUAUAGUUAUUUAAAAACACAUUACAAACUUUUAUUUUCAGUUAAAAAUUUUUGGUUUCCUGACGGUUGACUUAUUAGUGUUCUGUCACUCAGAAAAACUAGCUUGGUUUUAUACCUCAAGAAAUGUUUGUAGAUUUUCUUCAGAGUAACAGAUAACAUUAUUGUCUAGAAGAAAAGUUUCCUUUAAGAGUGUUUGACGGAGAUAUGCCAUAUUACAUCUGGCAUCACUGCAUCUCUGAACCUUACUUGCCACCUUUACAAGAACCAUAAUUUUUUAAGAGUUAUGAGAAUUAAGAUUUAAGAUUUAUGAAGUCUAUUUGUCUUUUUAUAACCUGAUAUUCAGGAGUUGUACACUAGUAAAAAGCCUUGUGUUGAGUAUGUUUUUUAAAAGAUAUGAUAUGGGGCCUCCAAUUCUUUUUAAAAUUGAUCUGAUUUAUAGUGAUAUAGUGGUAGUUGUUUAAAAAUAUAUAUAAGUAAACGUUGAUUUUAUCAGCAGUUGGGGGUGAAAUCAACUUUGGAUUUUUCAUUCAAAAUAAUAUAAAAUAAUUUCAAAAUAUGUGAUUUUAUUAUACAACCAGAUUGAUUCCAUAGUAUAAUAAAUUUGCUUUAUUUAUAAAGUUCUAUUAUUUAUAAUUACUUUGCACAAUAAAGUGUAUACAAAAGCACAGAACUUUUCUAUGCUCAACAUUUUCUGGACAUUGUUUAUAUAAGCAAGUGAAAUAAAUAUAAAGUUGCUAUAAUCUGAAAUGUUUAAAUUAUAUUCAUUGGUAGCAUGACUUCUAUACACUUCUAUACAAGAUAUUUCACUUAUAAUCCAAGGGUAAUCCUUUACUCUUUUUUUU